GGGUAGUAAUUGGUGUUGUGCUGAUUUAAAAAGAAAUAUGUAUAUGUAUUUAAAAUAGCUUGUUUGGUUGGUGAACUGCCAAAUAAAUUGGCGUAUUAAAUUGACCUCUACUUGUUAUGCUCUUGAUCAUUGUUACUUCAAUACUUAUCUCAAAAAUAGCUGUCAACAUUUUUGUGUAAAACAAAAAAAUUUAGUUGUUCGUAGUAAUAUAAUUGUGUUAUUUAUUAAAACAGAUAGAAAAAUGUUUGAAGGCUAUAUAAUAUUUAUAUUCAUCAUCACAUGACCAACAACGGAAAGCCUUAAAGAAUUUAAAAUUCUUUUGUAAUAAUGAUAUGUGGCUUGUAUCAAAGACAUCAACGGAUGUAAAGGAUAUGGCCACGUUAUAGACGGGAUAUUUCAUCAAAAGAAAGACCAUGACCAUGAGCCCGAUCCUGAUUUGAGGAAAAAAAUCGAAUUCCGCGAGACGCUUAAAAAAUUUUGUGUUGUCAGGCACACUGAUCCGAUUAAUAUUUGGAAAAGCGCGCUUGCAGAGUGUCAAGUCGAUGCAGCAAAUUACCCCUAUAGCAAGUAUAGGUCUUCAAUAAACAAUUACAUUCUCGAGAUGCAGCCGGAAAAAGUGAGACUGGGUGUGAAAAAUAACAAUAUAAAAUCGUUUGUUGAAUCUCUUCGUCAAGCCCAACAAGCUGGGAAUUUAACUUCUGGAGUCCACAACGAAUCCAAGCUAUCAGUUGAAAUCGAAGAGUUCAAAGCUCAUGUAUCUAAAGGCGAAGUAAUAGCGUCAAAUAUAUAUGUUUAUGAUGAGAAUUUGAUAGAGUCUAUGUGUAAAGAACCUCAACAUUUAUAUAUUGAUGCUACUUUCGAUGCUUGUCCUCAAUUUGAAGAUACCGCGAUUCACCAAUUGUUGACAAUAAUGGUGAAGGUGUCUAAUCCAUCGUCUAAAGAAGAGAAGCCAAUUCCAUGCAUAACAGUUUUAAUGACAAACAAGGCGGAAGUUUGCUAUGUCAAGAUUUUUGAAUUUAUUAAAAAUAAAUUUCCAACUUUCGAUCCUUCUUCAUACAUGAGCGAUUAUGAAAUUGGAUUGCACAAUGCCCUGAAACGAGUUUUUCCGAAAAUCAUUGCCAGGCAUUGUUACUUCCAUUAUUCGCAAGCGAUCUUUCGAAAGGCACAGCAGCUUAAAUUAAUAAAUAAAAGUAAGAACUCGCAGACUGAUCCUGACAUUUUUAUAGUUCUUCACCAAAUAAAUAGGCUACCAUUGUUUCCACCUAAUCUAAUUGAACAAGCUUAUUCAGUAAUUAAGGAAGAAGCAAUAAAUGAUUUCGGCGAUAUGUUCAAUACAUUUUUUGAUUAUUUUGAAAGUUUUUGGUUGAGGCAAAUAACACCUGCUGGAUUUUCCGUAUACGGCAUGCGAAGUGAUAGGACAAAUAACCAUCUAGAAUCCUACCACAGUAAUCUUAAUGGUCGAUUACAAAAACAUCCGAGUCCAAAUGCAUUUAUAACUGUCCUAAAAGAAAUAUUUGUUGAAGCAAGAUCAACUCGAAAGAGUAUAAUAAAUAAUAAUUAUAGGCCUUUGCCACCAAAAAAAAAGACGAAAAUUAAUGAAACUGAAAUUCAAGAAUUUUGGGAUUCCGUUGAAGAAGCUGAGGAAGAAAACAUACUAGAUGGUGAGCAGAUAAUCGAAAAAAUUAAUAGUUUUAAAAAAAUACAAGAAUUAAUUAAAGCAGAAAAUAAGAUUUUAAAAAAUCAAAUAGAAAAUAUUGACAGCACCAAAACAAUAGAAAAAGAUAUAGAAGAAACGGAACUAGAGAGUUUUUUAAUAAUGGGAAAGUUAAAUUCCGAAGAAAACUUUAAAACUUUGAAAAAAAUAAAAAGAAAAUAUUUACAAAAUGAAAAAAAAAUAAUGAUCAUCAACAUAGAAGAAAAAAAACACCCAUUAAUCAUUUAAAAAUUGAUACAAUCAACGAUUCUGACAGCGAUGAAAAUAAAUUUAUCUUUUAUUAUAAAGUAAAUUGACAUAAUAAUAAAUGUGUCAACCGUGCCGGGGAAUUAUAAAUCCUAAAGACUGCUGAAUAAUUUUUAUGCUUGCUAGCGUCUCAGCCGUGCCAAGGCUCGAGAAAGUUGCUAGUACAUUAAGGCUUUCUGAAUGUAUCAUGGAUAAAUAAUAAUUAAAUUCAAUGAUUUUAGUCUUACUAGCGUCUGAACCGUGCCAAGGCGCAAGCCAGUUGCUAGUUCAUAGAGUCUUUCUGAAUGUAUCAUGGAUAAUUAAUAAUUAAAUUCAAUGAUUUUAUUCUUACCAGUGUCUGAACCGUGCCAAGGCACAAGCCAGUUGUUCGUACAUUGAGUCUUUCUCUAUGUAUCAUGGACAAAUAAUAAUUAAAUUUAAUGAUUUUAUUCUUACCAGCGUCUGAACCGUGCCAAGGCACAAGCCAGUUGUUCGUACAUUGAGUCUUUCUGAAUGUAUCAUUGAUAAAUAAUAAUUAAAUUCAAUGAUUUUAGUCUUACUAGCGUCUGAACCGUGCCAAGGCACAAGCCAGUUGUUCGUACAUUGAGUCUUUCUCUAUGUAUCAUGGACAAAUAAUAAUUAAAUUAAAUGAUUUUAUUCUUACCAGCGUCUGAACCGUGCCAAGGCACAAGCCAGUUGUUCGUACAUUGAGUCUUUCUGAAUGUAUCAUUGAUAAAUAAUAAUUAAAUUCAAUGAUUUUAUUCUUACCAGUGUCUGAACCGUGCCAAGGCACAAGCCAGUUGCUAGUACAUAGAGUCUUUCUGAAUGUAUCAUGUAUAAUAAAUAAUUAAAUUCAAUGAUUUUAUUCUUACCAGCGUCUGAACCGUGCCAAGGCACAAGCCAGUUGUUCGUACAUUGAGUCUUUCUGAAUGUAUCAUUGAUAAAUAAUAAUUAAAUUCAAUGAUUUUAGUCUUACUAGCGUCUGAACCGUGCCAAGGCACAAGCCAGUUGUUCGUACAUUGAGUCUUUCUCUAUGUAUCAUGGACAAAUAAUAAUUAAAUUCAAUGAUUUUAG